AUGCGAGCCAUUCACCACCACUGCCAUCUCCCGCUCCCGACUCCCCCGCCGGCGACCAAACUCCCCCCCUCCGCCUUCACCUCCACCGCCGCCGCCGUCACUCACCGGAAAGCCCCUUCCGCCUCGUCCUCCUCCGCCGCCUCCCCCACGGCCAUCGAUCUCCAGUCGGCGGACUCCCAGGCCGCGGCCUUCUGGGACUACCAGUUCCUCUUCGCCUCCCAGAGGUCGGAGUCGGCCGAGCCGGUCCCCCUCCGGCUGGUAGCCGGCUCGGUCCCGGCCGACUUCCCCGCGGGGACGUACUACCUGGCCGGCCCGGGCCUCUUCGCCGACGACCACGGCUCCACCGUCCACCCGCUGGACGGCCACGGCUACCUCCGCGCCUUCUCGUUCGCCGGCGACGGAGGCACCGUCCGGUACUCGGCGCGAUUCGUUGAGACGCAGGCGCAGAGGGAGGAACGCGAGGAGGGGACGGGGCGGUGGCGGUUCACGCACCGGGGGCCCUUCUCGGUGCUGCGGGGCGGGAAGCGGGUGGGCAACGUGAAGGUGAUGAAGAACGUGGCGAAUACCAGCGUCUUCAGGUGGGGCGGUAGGCUGAUGUGCUUGUGGGAGGGCGGGGAUCCCUACGAGAUCGACCCACGGUCGCUGGAAACGGUGGGCCCCGUCGACCUCGUCGGACGGGAGCGGCAUGAUGGUGACCGGACGGCGAAGGAUCGGUGGUGGGAGCUGGCGGGUGCCCGGGACGUGGCCGGCCUCGCGGUCGACGUCGCGGCCCACUUCCUGAAGCCCGUCCUCCACGGAGUGUUUAAUAUGCCACCAAAGAGGAUGCUGGCCCAUUACAAGAUCGACCCGACAAGGAACAGGCUUUUGUUGCUGUCUUGCAAUGCCGAAGACAUGCUCCUCCCUCGCUCCAACUUCACUUUCUACGAGUUUGACUGCAAUUUUGAGCUGAAGCAGAAGAAGGAGUUCGUAAUCUCGGACCACAUGAUGAUCCACGAUUGGGUUUUCACUGAUAACCACUAUGUUCUGCUUGGCAACCGUAUCAAGCUCGAUGUACCUGGAUCACUGCUCGCAUUAUCAGGCAUAUGUCCAAUGAUAACAGCGCUCUCUGUGAACCCAAGCCAGCAAUCAACACCAGUUUAUCUGCUACCGCGAUUCUCUGAGAGUGCGAAAGGUGGCCGUGAUUGGAGGGUGCCCAUCGAAGCCCCAUCGCAACUAUGGUCAUUGCACGUCGGCAACGCCUUCGAGGAAAGAGACGAAGUCGGCAACUUAAAUAUCCAAUUGCAGGCUUCAGUUUGCUCCUACCGGUGGUUCAACUUCCAGAAGAUGUUUGGGUAUAACUGGCGCACAGGGAGGCUGGAUCCUUCUUUCAUGAACAUGGUUGCAGGCAAGGAGGCAUUGCUACCCCACCUGGUUCAGGUUUCAAUUGAGCUGGACAGGAGAGGAGCAUGUAGCCGGUGCAUCGUGAGCGAUGCCUCCAAACAAUGGAGCAGGCCAACAGAUUUCCCAGUGAUCAAUCCGGCCUUAGCCGGCCGGAGAAACAAGUACGUUUAUGCAGGCACGGCUUCCGGCUCCCGCCGAUUCCUGCCGCAUUUCCCGUUCGACAGCGUUGUGAAGAUCAACUGUUCAGAUGGAUCGGCGACUUCAUGGUCGGCUGGGAGCAGGGAGUUCAUUGGAGAGCCUAUAUUUGUUCCCAGAGGCACCAAGGAGGAUGAUGGCUAUAUUCUUGUAGUAGAGUAUGCAGUUGCAAAGCAGAGAUGUUACCUUGGGGUACUGAAUGCACAAAGAAUAGGGGAAGCUGAUGCAUUUGUAGCUAAGCUUGAAGUGCCAAAAAAUUUGACGUUUCCUAUCGGCUUCCAUGGAUUUUGGGCCGACAGAUGA